AUGAUCCAGCCUCCGCGACCGCCCACGAAACGCAUACAGAAUAAGGAUAUUUCUGGAUCAGUGUCUUCGUUCGUCCAGACUGCCCAAACUCGCUCCGUCCCAAUCGUCGUGACACCACGUCCACAACCACCUCAACCUGUACAGCGCCCUGUUGUUGUUCAACAGCGACCGGCCCCUGCUGUUGUUCAACAACGGCCUGCUUCUGUCGUUAUUCCCAACAAGCCAAUACCGAAAGUUACGGUGCCAGUGAGCGGCGCCCAGAAAGCAAACGAGAUCUUCUUGGGUUGCUGCAAGUCAAUCAACGUUGCAAAGCCUUGCGAACGAAUAUGCAACUUCGAUGUGUUGAAUAAGAAGACGUUAACUGGCAUGUUCCUCGGCACCGAUCCAUGUCCGCAAGCUCAUGGACUCGAUCUGAUGCAAUGUGCUGCUCAAUCUCGGGAUCAUACAGAGUGCUGCAUUGAACGAGGAGUGCAUACCACCAGUGCCGGCAAAAAAUGUCUCGGUUUCUGCAACAUGAAGCCAGGGAACAGCUUCCAAGCGGACGUUUCCAUGUUACCAUGCUGGAGUGUGCUAAAUGACAUCAAAUCUUGCUUCAGGGAUCAUAUUCAAAGCAGUUAA